ACAUUUAUUGCUGAUAUUACGAGUAACUAAUCAUGGUCAGUUAUCAGUUAAUACAAUUUUGAUAUUCAAAUCAAAAUUUCAGUCACCAUCUAGGUCUCCAGUCAAAAUGGCGUCUUGUUUGAAAAUAGUCUUAUAUAGCAUACUGUCUAUUAUAGUUGUUGGUGCUAUAGCUGGCUCCCUGACCUGGGCUAUAUUAGCUUCCAGAGACGACCCCCCUGAUCCUCCAGAAUUGAUUGACCUGGAUUGGUGGGAGGGGACGGUUAUUUACCAGAUCUACCCAAGGUCGUUCAAGGACAGCGAUGGGGAUGGCAUUGGAGACUUGAAAGGAAUAACAAGCGAACUACAGCAUUUUGUGGAGACAGGAGUGGGUGCAAUAUGGAUGUCACCAAUCUUCACCUCGCCCAUGGUGGACUUCGGGUACGAUAUCAGCAAUUUCUACGAGAUUCACUACGAAUACGGCACUAUGGCGGACUUUGAAGAACUGGUGGAGAAGGCACACGAAUUAGGUAUCAAAGUCAUCCUGGAUCUCAUACCAAACCACGCCAGCACAGAAUCAGAAUAUUUCAAGCGCUCCGAGGACAUGGAGCCAGGGUAUGAAGACUUCUUCGUCUGGUCGGACCCCAGACCAGACCCUGAAAACAGUACUAAUAGACUGGUACCUUCUAACUGGAUCAGUCAGUUUGGAGGCAGCGUGUGGGAGUGGAGUGAAAAACGCCAGCAGUACUAUCUCCAUCAGUUUGCUAUAGAACAGGCUGAUCUCAACUUCAGACAAGAAGUCGUCAAGCAAGAAAUGCUUAACAUCAUGAGAUUUUGGCUUGAAAAAGGCGCAGAUGGCUACAGAAUUGAUGCCAUUCCUCACCUUUUCGAGACUCCUCCAAACUCAGACGGGAUUUACCCUGACGAACCUCUAAGUGGAAAUUGUUUCCUGAAUCCUGAUCAGCCUGGGUACACCACGCAGAUUCACGUGAGAGACUUAAUUGAACUGUAUGAUGUCUUCUUUGAAUGGAGGGAGUAUGUGGAUAACUUGCAGCAGCAGAACUCUUGGGAAACCAAAGUACUUUUCGCCGAAGCCUACGCAAACAUAACUAUGACAAUGCUGUACUAUGGGGAUGAGGCGGGCCGGAUCGGGGCGCACUUCCCCUUCAACUUCGACUUCAUCACCAGCCUCUCAGCCAGGUCCAAUGCCCGCGACUUCGUCUACGUCAUCCAGCGGUGGCUCACUUACAUGCCUCAUGGGCAUGUAGCUAACUGGGUUCUUGGGAACCACGACAACAACAGGCUUCCCUCCAGGUUCCGCACAGACAUGGUGGACGGCAUGAACUCUCUGAACUUGAUGCUGCCAGGAGUAGCAGUCACGUACCAGGGGGAGGAAAUCGGCAUGAGAGACGGGUUCGUCUCAUGGGAGGACACUCAGGAUGUCAACGCUAUUAACCAAGGCAAUGAAGACAAUUACUUGGAGUUCUCCAGGGACCCCGCCAGGACUCCGUACCACUGGGACUCCUCCACCAGCGCUGGGUUCUCCACAAACAUCAGCACUUGGCUCCCGGUGGCUAACGACUACUUGGUAAUUAACUUGGCUGCGCAGAAGUUGGCACCACGGAGUCAUUAUAAGGUCUACCAAUCCUUAACAAAACUCCGUCAAGAGCCGACCCUCACUCACGGGAACUACCACAUCGAGGCUCUGACUGAGAAUACCCUGAUCCUGGUCCGGUACCUCGUCACCCACGACACUUACAGCCUGGUCUUCAACGUGGGAAACCAGACAGAUACCGUCAACUUGUCCAGGGUCGAAUACCUGAGUGGAUCCCUUGACGUUUACACUUCCAGUGUCCAUUCUAAUAGAGUUGCAGGAGAUACCUUGGAUUUGGAUGAGGUGACCCUACAGGCUGGAGAAGCCCUCGUCUUGAAGUCAGCUCCAACAUAAUGAUCUUAAGAAUAUAAGAUAUAAGUUGGGAAGAUAGGAUAAUGUGAUAUUUAUAGUAUAACGAAUUCAGUACAUUAACAGAUAAUAAAUUAUAUCAAUACCUUGCGUACAAUA